UUUCGCCACCACAUAUCUAAAGUGCACGGUUUGGAUUCACGAACGGCACAAAAAAAACAACAGAGGACCUCGAAUAAUAAUGAAGCAUCUGCACAAAAUGCAACGCUGAGCCAACUGCUCGGGCAGAAGAAGGAAACAGUUGAGGACAAAAAGUCGCACGGAGAUGCCCCGACUGGGUCCAGUAAUAGAUGGUUAUUUACACCGAUAAUGGCCACACAGAGGCGAAAUUCAACGUGCAAAAUUACCGAGCUGUGGAGACUCAACACUGACUCAAGGAUACUCAUCAACUUCUGCAGGUGCACAAUGGAGAGUAUCCUGACGGGCUGCAUCAAGCCUGGUGUUGCAGUUGCACCACCCUCAACCACAAGAACUGCUCAGCACCUAAACAGCUCAAAGUUGCCACCCUUGGAGGAACUUUACUCCAAGCAGUGUUGGAAGAAGGCCAAGAGGAUCAUCAAACACCCGAAACACAAACUGUUCUGCUUGCUGCCGACUGGCAGACGGUACCGCACCACCGGGCUCAGAGACAGCUUCAUCCCACAGGCCAUAAGGCCUCUGAACUCUUGAGCUCUCAAGCUCAUUACUGCACUGUUACUGCAUCAUGUUGACUCACCUGUAUACCUCAUUAUGUAAUGCUUACUAUGUUUAUACCUGCAAAUAUCACAGUACACAUAUAUUUCAUUAUUUUACCACUGUCUACAAGCUAUGAAACCAUCAGUAUAUAUUAUAUACUUACACCAACGAUAUCCUGUCCAUAGCUGUCUCUCAAUAAUCUUUAAUAUUUUGAAUAUCAUUUUUUGUGAUUGAGGAAUGCAUUUUAUGAAUAUUUCCUUCACUGUCUCCAAGCUGUAGCACCCAAGGCCAAUCAGAGAAAGUUUUCAAUGGGAGCCAACCGCAGCGAUGCAAUGAAACAGCGCGGCGGUCAGGCUGCAAUGAUGCUGGUGUGAUGCUGCCUUCAUGCGCUGUGGGAAUUAGUGCAAUCCUGAGAUGAGGCGCGAUUGAAUGUCUGCGUGAAGCCAAGAGGAAACGUCACCACGGUUGGCAAGAGCAAAUUCGUUUCUUCAAGGAUUCCUACGGGGUGACAUGACUCUGACCAGAGGAUCUUUCACCUACGCCAGCGGGGAAGAGUACCACGGCGAGUGGAAGGAAGGUCGGAGGCACGGCGUCGGCCAGCUCAAGUUUCAGGAUGGCACCUGCUACGCCGGCCAAUUUGAGAAUGGACUCUUCCACGGCUCUGGAGUGCUGUUCUUCACGGAUGGAUCCAGGUAUGAGGGGGAAUUUGCGCACGGAAAGUUCCAAGGCACGGGCAUCUUCAGUCGGUAUGAUGGCAUGAGGUUUGAAGGAGAGUUCAAAGAUGGACGUGUCGAGGGAUAUGGGCUAUUGACGUUCCCAGAUGGAGCUCACGGUGUCCCACGAAACGAGGGCUUUUUCCAAAACCACAAGCUGCAAAAGCGAGAGAAGUGUCCGGGAGUGGUGCAGCGAGCGCAGGCUUCGGCCUCCGGCGCUCGCAGCCUGGCCCUUUGACCGCCACGGACCCUGGAGGAGACACGGUGAGGGUUCCAGGACCUUCCAGGAGGACCUCAGGGAUGUGUACUCGUAUACGCCCCUCCAGCUCUUCUCUCUUUUUCACCAUCAAUCUUUUUCUUUUUUUCUUUUCUUUUUUUUUUUUUUAAUGCAUCUUCUUUGAAUUGCCUUCACAGUGGCAUGGGAUGCACAUGCAAUUUGACCAAACAAUGGCUCUCUGUGUGACUGACUUGAAAUGCACAACACCAACAAGAGGCACACCUUUAACUUUCACGAGUCAUGCAAACACCAAAUGCUGCUGGUUUUUUUCUCCCUCUUGAUCUGAUUCUUGUACUCAUAAACAGUGUCUUAGUGUUUAUCUCUAGAAUAGUUAGCUCCUCUUACCAGUGUUGUUGCACAUGUGGUACUCUACAGAGGUUUCUCUUCCUCCCUCAAUAGGAGGAGGUGUAAAGUAAGACUGUAUGCCGAAACUUUAGCCACUAAUGAGAUAAAUUCACCUUUUAAAAAAAAUGCUGCAAUCCAUCACAUCACAGUGAAACCUAGAGGAACCACGUGGAGUUUCUGACCACUGGUGGCGCUAUGGAGCAGCUCUCUCACAAGCGUUGAGGUACAAGGAUGCAUGUGGGCAACACGUUCUGGUUUUGCCGAUGAACAGUUUGAGGUGGGAACGUACAGAGACACAGCGAUGCUCCCGCAAAGCCAGCGAGGAAGAAGCACGCAAGCUCGAAAACGCGGAUCCAAAGAAUGCACGACGUAAAAUAAUCCAAAAGGAAUUGGCUUUUCAAAUGUUUCGUGAGGAAGGAAAUGCACCCAACGCGAUUGUCAGGCCUCAAAGAUGCACACAGUGAAUGUAAACAAGUUCUGUUAGUUUGUUUAAAAAAAAAAAGAAAAAAAGGGAAAAAACUCCGCAGGGCACCUUUAAUUUUCCUGUCAUCUCAAUUAUCAGUGCUGCUGCAAAACCUCAUCUUUCAAGGAACACAUUUUGUCACUAGUGUUUCUCCUUUUAGAGGAUCAGUAUUCACAUUUGCCUUAAAGACAUUUGGGCACAAGAGUGCAGUUCAAGGGUGUCCAUCAGAAAAAUUAGAUCAUGCACAGUGCCCUCUCCGCCCCUUCCCCUCUGCAUCACUCGCCCUAAGGUGUCUGUCAUCCUAAUGAUCAAAAUGAAUUUGAGGCCUGUUUGAAGACCGCCUCGACUCCGGGAGACACGUUAAGCUGUCGCUGAGUUCCAGCUUCCAUCACUCACAAGUCCAGCAGCUCUCCCCUCUGUGACAAAACCUCCUUCUCCCAGUGGAAAUCAUGGGAGAGGAGAUUUAAACUCAGCUGGAUAAUUCUCCCUUUUUUUUCCCUGCUGUAUAGCCUGAUAGACUUGGGUGACUGGACAUCUGAAAAUAUGAUAACUAAAUGCAUCAAAUUAGGGAUGUAGAUCUUAACCGAGGCAGCUGAAUGAAAGAGUUUAUAAAUCGGAUAUAUUUAA